GAGUUCAAAGAGAUUUUAUUACCUUAGUAAACUUUUCAAAAGGUCACGGAUGAUUAGAAGAGCAUUGUUCUAAAUAUACCCAAUGAAAGAAGCUAACUAAAAACCUCUAUAAUCCAUGCUACAGUCUAUGAACAGACAAAGAUUAUCGUAAAGAUUCAAGUUAUUAAAGGUUUGAAGUAUGCAGGGUUAGGACUGGAUUACAUUUCAACCGAGCAAGUUUACGAGGAUUUAUAAGUGCGAUACUCUGCGGUAUCAUGAUUGACAGUUCACAAGUUAACCAAGAAAUUUAACCCGACAUCUACAUUUUUAUGAAACUACAUAGUGUUAAAAUAGCAUCGUUCAGAGCUAAGUAAUUUACUACAGCAAAAAUACUAUUUCUAUCGUAGAUCCUUAAUAUUUAAAAAAUGUUUAGAUUUUUCUGCACAAAUGCCCUCAUGGCGUUUUUGUUUUAAAGUGCAAAUCUGUAUUGAUUUUUCGGUCUCCGCGGGUCAAUGAAACAAUACAACACAAGGUACAACAAUCUAACAAAACAUACUAGGAAUGGUUGAUAUACUCUUCAGGCGUUAGUGUAGGCUCGAUUUGAGCUAAAAAAUCUCUGAAUAUUGCGUCUUAAUCAUGUAACACCAUACAUUCUGUUCAAAAAUUCUAUUCAAUUGCAGACCACGUAAACUAAUUGCCUCAAGAAGAAAACAAUGAAAUCAGCAUAUUUACGUGUUAAUCAUGUUGAUUUCAAUCUCCCUUUUGAUUGUCUUUUAACUUCAGUGGCUUUACGUGAUUGAAAAUUUGCACUCAUAAAUUUCUCGAAAGGAACAACAUGCCUAUUGCGUCUACGAAUUUAAACGCAAUUGACCCAUGGCACUAUUGUUUUGUCAAACAGUUGAAAUGUUGAGGUAAUGACCUAGCAACACGUCUCUUGCCAAUGUUUAAGUACCACUGGCUUAAGUACGUCGAUUACAAAUGGAACACGGCCCCAGUUUUCGAACUACAGAUCGAUAGCCGGUCGGCAUUCUAUAUUCUAGAUGAAUUCUGACGCGUCCGCUUAAUAGGAAAGUACGAGAAAACAACCAGUAAUUGUGCUACGCAAAACGGUCUUUUCCUGUUUCUCAUGCGUAUUUAGUUUCCGACUGAUCCUCUUUCGACAACAGGAAAUUUAUAAUGAGUGAAAGCUGUUUUCCGCGCCAGGGGAGUAAAUCUGUAUUGUGUAAUCAUUUCCCACGGAAUACUAAAGUAUGCACUUCUUCGUUUCGCCAGAUAGCAGAAUAAAAUGACCUUUCACCCUCAAAACAGCUGGAAAACCAUCUUAGUGUUGUUUUUAACUGCUGGCGGAUUUUCCACGGCACUACACGAUUCUAUGUCCGACGGAGGCCAAUACACGUUCGGAUGUUUAUCACUUGCUUUCAGGCUGGGAAGGGAAAAGCACUCUCACUGUUGAAAGAUCGAGACGCGACUGGGGAUAAGUACCGUUGAAAGAGACUGGGCAAUAUUGGAACGCCCAGUAGAAUUUGUCGAAAGUCGCUAAGUUUAGAGGAUCGUGGUACGGGCAGUAAGUCAAUCUUACAUGCAAUUCCGUCCCUAAAAGACACUAUGUUGCAGAAGAGAGCACUUACUUUGUUUGGCUCCAAGAGACGUCUCUAUAUCCUUGCAGCUCGAUGUUUCUUUUCUACAGAAUCUGCAAGCCAAGUUAGCAAGAACACAAACAAGUUUGAGUUGGUUGAAAUGAGUGGUUGGUCAAGAGUGGUUCUGACUCCUGAUCCAAGCACAUCUUUGGCCCAUUGUGUCAGUGCAGACUUUGACAUGAGUGAUGGUAUUGCUAAAAAAUUUAAAAAAAAGUUUGGAAAUUAUCAGGAUCUUGUCACAAAAGGUCUGCAGUUCCAGGAACAAGGAAAAGUGGGUGACAUUGCUGUGUUGGAGAGAAAUGAAUCAAGCUUUGUGUAUUAUUUGAUCACCAGAGAGAACUGGUGGGACCAUGCCACACCCUCAUCAUUGCGCGCCUGUUUGAUGCAGUUGAGGAAGCACUCCCAGGAGAAUAGAGUUGAUAAGUUGGCUAUUCCCCGCUUAGGGACUGGAGCUGACAGAAUUGAUUGGCCUUUUGUAAAGAGAAUUGUGGAAGAAGUUUUCAAGGAAACAGACAUUUCAAUUACAGCAUACACAUACAGAUAGUUUUUUUUCCUAUCCGGCAUCAAUGGAACUGCUAAUUUACUGAUAUUAAGGAAUCGAUGACGAGGCUGGAGCGAGAAUGCGUGGGGUGGCCAAGUCUAACACUCUUUUCCCGCUGAGUACUAAACGUAAACUCGUGUCUCUUUACGUUGUGAACAAUGUCACUGAAAAAGAUCUUAACUUCAAUGUGUAAAGUUUAAGUUUUCUUGUGCAAAACAUGUACAUGAACUGCUUUUUUUCACGUUACUAAGUCCCUGUCUUUCGUUAGCUCGCAUUUGAAAGGUUGCCCAUAGACUUUUUCAUGGACAUGUUAAAGGAAUUAAGUAACAAGAUACUGAUGAGUAGUCCUUUUUGUCACACAAAAUUUCCCUCUUUAUUGAGGAAACAACACAAUUAGGUGCUUUUCAGUCGAGAGUCCUCAAACCAUAACCGAAGUAAUUACCACGCAACCUUAUUGCCAGGGCCUUGUCUCUUACUUGGGAACGAGGCUGAUCACCGCGGCAAAUCAGAGCAAAGGAAGAUAUGCCAAACGGCCAAUGAGAACUCAAAUGAAAACCAUUAAAUUGCUCGGAGCGCUUGUCCGGCGCCUAAAUGA